GCUUGCCUAAGGAGGGGGGGGACUGCUUACAAGAAGAGUUCAGGCUUUGCACUCAAGGCAGACUGCUCUGAACUUUAGCUCAAAUAUCUCUAGGAAAGCUUGAACUGGCCUUUUCUAGGAGUUCACUGAAGCGAAGUGCUUACUGAAAAGGCUUUCAAUCCAGUUCACAUUUUUCUACCAGCUCUUGUGCUGGGAAAACAAAACUCACAGAAGCGGUGCCAGAAAAUUUCCUUGCAGCAUUAAAAAUGUACUUUGGGACGUUAUGCCUCUGCAGGCAUGUUCUGAGAAGCCGAGGACUGAAAAAUCGACUUUCUAGUGUUUCUGGACUGCACUCUGUGAACGGGACAAACUCUGGCCAGCGGAGUCACAGGGAAACAGACUUUUCCUCCCAACUUUCUCCAAGGAGUGGACCGCAAUCUUCCAUAUCUCUCCGCUCCGGACACAAUAGCAAGACAUUUUAUUCCACAUUGUCCCAGAAUUAUGAACAUGUAUUCAGAGCCUCGGUGGAAGACCCCGAAAAUGUUUGGGGGGAAGCAGCUAGGAAAAUCACAUGGUUUAAGCCAUGGACCAAAACAAUGGACAACUCCAACCCCCCCUUUACAAAAUGGUUCGUUGGCGGAGAGCUUAACGUCUGUUAUAAUGCACUUGAUCGUCACAUAGAGAAUGGACGAGGAGAUCAAGUUGCUGUUAUUCAUGACAGUCCUGUGACCGGUAUCAAGCAGAACAUCACCUAUAAAGAGAUCUAUGAGCAGGUAUCUCGGUUAGCCGGUGUUCUUACAAAGCAUGGUGUCAGAAAAGGGGACAGAGUUGUCAUUUAUAUGCCAAUGAUACCACAGGCAAUGUAUACAAUGUUGGCAUGUGCGAGAAUUGGAGCCGUGCAUAGUCUCAUUUUUGGGGGAUUUGCACCCAAGGAGUUAUCAGUACGCAUUGAUCAUGCAAAGCCCAAGUUAAUUGUAACCGCAUCAUUUGGAAUUGAGCCUGGGAGAAGAGUGGAGUACAUUCCCCUAGUAGAAAGAGCUCUGGAACUGGUGCAUCACAAGCCAGAGAAAGUUCUCAUUUAUAGUCGGCCAAACAUGGAACGGGCCCCUAUAAAAUGUGGACGUGAUCUGGACUGGGAUGAAGAGAUUGCCAAAGCUCAUCCUCAUGACUGCGUUGCUGUCCCCUCUGGUCAUCCACUGUAUGUUCUGUAUACCUCUGGCACUACUGGACAACCUAAGGGGGUGGUAAGGUGUUCAGCUGGGUAUGCUGUGAUGCUAAACUGGACCAUGUCUACGAUAUAUGGACUGAAGCCUGGUGAGGCUUGGUGGGCAGCAUCUGAUUUAGGAUGGGUUGUUGGCCAUUCUUAUAUUUGCUAUGGGCCACUGGUGCAUGGGAAUUCUACAGUAUUAUAUGAGGGAAAGCCGGUGGGAACACCAGAUGCUUCUGCCUAUUUCCGUGUGUUAUCAGAACAUGAAGUGGUGGCCAUGUUUAUUGCACCAACAGCCCUUAGGGCAAUACGGCAGCAAGACCCUGAGGCAGACUUGGGAAAGAAAUACCCAUUAAAAAAGUUUCGUACGUUAUUCGUGGCUGGGGAACGCUGUGAUGUGGAGACACUUGAGUGGUCUAAAAGAAUUUUUAAGGUUCCAGUGCUGGAUCACUGGUGGCAGACAGAAACUGGAUCUCCAAUUACUGCAACUUGUAUUGGCCUAGGAAAUUCUUUAACCCCUCCUGCAGGCCAAACAGGCAGACCAGUUCCAGGUUAUAAUGUAAAAAUACUGGACAACGAUAUGCAAGAAUUGCCGCCAAACACCUUAGGAAACAUUGUAGUAAAAUUACCUUUACCUCCUGGAGCAUUCUCCAGCCUCUGGGAAAAUGAAGAAACAUUUAAAGAAUUAUAUUUCAGAAAAUUUCCUGGAUUCUAUGAUACCAUGGACGCUGGCUACGUGGAUGAAAAUGGAUAUAUCUAUGUCAUGUCUCGAGUUGAUGAUGUAAUCAAUGUUGCGGGUCAUAGACUAUCAGCAGGAGCUAUUGAGGAGUCGGUAAUGCUACACAGUGCAGUAGCAGACUGUGCUGUUGUUGGUUUGGAGGAUCCAUUAAAAGGACAUGUUCCUCUUGCGUUGUGUGUUUUACAAAACGGUGUGGACAAAACUACAGAACAACUAGAAAGUGAAAUUGUUGCAUUGGUUAGAGAACAAAUUGGGCCAGUUGCUGCUUUCAGAAACGUGGUCAUCGUUAAACAGUUACCCAAGACGCGUUCUGGCAAGAUACCUCGCUCUACACUGUCUUCUCUUGUGAAUGGCAAACCCUACAAGAUUGGUUCUACCAUUGAAGACCCUGAUGUAUUCAAAACGGUUGAAGGUGCUGUAAAGGCAAAGUUAAAAUAAGGCCCAGAUCGCUUAAGCCUUGUCAGAAGUAUGUCUGUCUACUUUAAUUUACAAGACUCCAGGAAAUCAAUGAGAUCCAACUGAAGACACCAGUGAAGUCUAUUUUUAGAAUGUAUAUUAAUUUUCUCUUUUGAGAAACUAUUUUAGAAUUAACCUAAACCUUAUAUUGUUCGGUAGCAUUCCUAGUCACAGCUACCUCAAGUUUUCCUAGCAUUUGAUUACGUUAAACACGGGAGAUCAAAAAUCUUUUUAUUUUUUUUUAUUUUUUACUAGUGUUUACAACCUGUUUUUAUUGAAACAUUAUGUUUGUAAUGUUACCAACCAUGCGUCAUUCCACAGAGAAUGUUCACUAUUAAGUACUCUGCUUUAAAGUAUUUUUCGGAUGCUCGUAGGUAUUUGCAGGUUACGCAGAUCCUGCAACUCUAGUACGUCACUCAGCAUUUUCAAGGACCAACACAAGUGAGCUUCAAAAAGGUUUACGUUGGCCCUGCAUAAAAAAAUAUUUAGUGGGUAAGCUCAGCCAUUUAAAAAUGCAAAUGCCAGGUUUGGUGUCGGAAAGGUUGAAGUUAUCCUUGCAAUAUUUUUUUUAUACAUUGGUUUAUUCAGGAUUGCUGAAGUUUUUUAAAAGCAUCAUUUAUGUCUUCCUUUCUUAUGCUUAUAAUUAAAUGUAAUGUUUUUUCACACAGAACAUUUUUCUUAGGAUACUUGCCAGUAUCGUGUACUGGCAGCUCGUGUAAAAUCCUAAGCAAAAAGUCUUCUGCAUUUGUUUCAGUAUGGUAAAGUACCAUAACAUUCAUGUCUCCAAAUAAAAUACUGUGCUGACGUA